UCGGCGCGCCUCCGAUAGGACGUUUUUUGCUGUAUGUACGGAAUGGUUAUUGCAUGGUUUGGUAGUUAAGCUCAUUGCGGGACAUAUCAUGCACAUGCUCGCGCGCGAUCGGGCCUUUUUUUUUUCUUCUUCUUCCCUUUCGACGAUCGAUGAUCUGCAUAGUUGUUGUUUGAGAGGGUGUGUGGGUGUGGGUGUGUCAUUGGGGGGUGACUACCUAGGUAUAAAAGGAGGGCUUGUGAUCGUUUUCUACAUUAGAAAUUCAUGCAUGGGAUUUCCUUUUUUUCUGGCAACACAAUACACGAAUUUCUCACAACAGCUAUUUGUUCAUUGUAGCUCCUUGCAUUGCUGGUACGUGGUAUUCGGGGCCUCUGUUUUUGUGAAGACCAUUUUCCAGUCUCAAAGUACCAGGGAUAGAAUAUGAAGAGAAGAAGAAAGAGGAGGAAACAUUCAGUACAAUGGAUGGAGGAAAGAAGAAAAGUAUAUGGGGUAUAGAAUUGGUAUCUCGCCGCAAAACAAUCGCACAUCACCGUCUACGAUAGAAGGAAAGGAGGAUACAAGAGAAAAGAGAAAAAGAAGACCCAGGAAGGAA